AUGUCUGUCGACACUGCCUGGGGCCCGCGUUUCUUCGCGUGGUUGCCAUGGUUCGCUGUGACGAAUCCGGUCUCUUCCCUUCAGACCUGCAGCGUCUUGCAAAACCUCCGCAAUCUGCACUGCUAUGGGUUGGUGAAGGAUGAGAGCACGCCAGUGGAAGCAGGGCCAGAUGCUUGCAGAAAAGCCUGCUGUAAUGAUGAGAAUUGCGAGGUUUGGCAAUUCAAUGCGUUGUUUGCCUGCUACCGGGGCAAGAGCGACGUUUGCAUCAAAGAUAUGGAUUCUUUCACAGCCGGGAGCCUUGGCGAGCGCCUGCGUGGUGCGACUGUGGCUUCAAGUCCUUUGAUGUGGUAUGGAAAAAUGACGACCUACACAGAGCUUGUGGAUCUGGAUCCGGCAGCAUCCGAGCCACGUGAGGAAGUCAUUCAAGGCGUUGGUGGUGAAAACUAUCGCCUUUGGCGGAAUGGUUCCGUACUUCAGGUGGACGUUUCCUGCUGGUCCUUCGAACGGCACCCGGAAUGGUGCUGUCCAUGGGAUGGACCGCCUCGGCGGAAAUGCUGGGGGAAGGCAGAUCAUCUGCGUGAUCACUGCUGCAAGGCGGGCAUGUCACCGGAUGGAAACUAUUUGUACAAUGUCGGUCUUACACCGUAUUUGGCUCCAGCGGAACGGGUGUACUUCAACCAGAUUUUGCCUGAGGAAAAGAUCGACGAAGCACUGUUUACUUCCAGCAGGCUGCACUGGGCCUCGGGUCAUCAUCCUUCUGAUUUCUGCCCAUCUACUGCUGCAAUGGUGGAUGGUCAAAGAGCUGUGAUUGAUGGGUCUGUAGUAUUGUGGCCUUUGGCCAUGCUUUUGGCUGCUCAUAUCAAGAUCACUGGUACCUUUGUAAACAUCGGGGCUGGCACCUGCCUGCAUCCAGAUCCAUUGUAUCAGCUUCUAGCUUCUCGAGAAGGAUCCGGUUUCCUGGGGCUGGCUGUGGAAGCAGACUCUGCUCGGCUUCAGAGGUGUGAGGACGAAAUGGCGCAGACCUUUGCCACAGUGGUGCCUGUGUCCAUGACCUUGAACCCAAUAGAUGCAGCUCGACAGCUUCGACCCUAUGUGGCACCAAUGUUUCCCAAUGAGCAGACUCCGUGGCCCUUGGACUUUCUCGUUGUGGACCUUGACGGUUGUGAUUGUCUCGUAGCAGAGGGGCUGAUGGACCUCGUGAGGCCCAAGGUGCUGAUGUUGGAGAUUGCCUUUCACUUUCCUCCGCCUUUCCGCUUCUCUGCCCAUUGGGAUGUCAAGAGGUCUCAUUCUUGGAAUGCGGAGUAUGAUGUUGACCAGUUGAACCCAUCCAGUGGCUGCUCGCUAAGCUACGCAAUCCACAAGUUCAAACCUUUUGGCUACCAUUUGCUGCGGCUGACGCACACUGAUGCGGUUUUUGUCCAUGAAUCCGUCAGACCAAGUAUCGAGUCAGGACUCGGCUUGCAACUGCCCCAAGAUGAGUUUCUGUGCUACCGACGAAGCACGUUGUGGGUACAGUUGCCAGGCAGAUACGUCCGCGAGUGGUUUUAUGCUGCUCAUCCAUCUCUGGCCUUAAGUUCCUUUGCACAAGACUUGAUGCCCCAGCUGCGGCCUGGUCGAGGCCUCCAGGAUGACUGGCCAUGGGAUCCAUGGGAUCCAUCGGAUCCAGACGGUGACGGUGACAUAUGUGACAUGAUGGCCAUGCGCGCCGAAGAUGGCGCGUUGAACAAACGCUGUGUGCGACUAAAAGGGCGCCUGCAUGUCAAGAUGCUGUCCAAGAAGAACACCAAGGGAUGGACCCAGGUGGAAAGGGUGAAGAUGGAGCCCAAGAAGAAAACCAAGGGAUGGACCCAGGUGGAAAGGGUGAAGAUGGAGCCCAAGAAGAAAACCAAGGGAUGGACCCAGGACCCUAGGAGCCGUUUUGACUUCCUUGCGCCGCUCGCAGGUGAAGCUGCUAUCAGAGCUACGAUGAAAGGAAAAAGCCAAUGGAAACCUUCAGGUGGAGCUGCUAUCAGAGCUGCGAUGAAAGGAAAAAGCCAAGGGAAACCUUCAGGUGGAGCUGCUAUCGGAGCUUCGAUGAAAGGAAAAAACCAAGGAAAGGCUUCAGGUCAAAUGUACCCUCUAUGGGGUUAUAAAGCUGUGGAUCCCUUCAACCACGGGCGCAAAGGAGGCAAGCCUCAAGCCAGCAAUUCCAAGGUACAGGUUCAGGUGGAGUGCUUUGCAUCUGAGCAAGCCCGUGGAGUUGUCUUUUCUGGCUUUGAUUGGACCGAUGAAGAAAGCUUAAAGGAGUCUUGUGGACUUUUCGCGAAGGAUGGGACCAGGGCUGCCAGGCUUUUCCUGCACAACGAGACCUUCUUUCAGGAACAGCGAAAGCUUGCAGACUUGCAACCUCGAGCAAUCCAAGCAGAGGAGCACGCGCGGCUUUUGAAGAAUGAACUCAUCAAACAGCUUGGCAGUGAGGAAGACCCGGAGCUUAAGAAGAAAGUUAAGGAAGCAGUUGACGAGCGGGACAAAUUGGACAAAGAAGUGGCGGCAUGUUCAGCAACUGUUGACCAGGAGAUAUCUUUGUUUUACAAUUUUGUUGAAGGACUUGACAAGGGAGACACCCUGCUCGUGGCAGCGAUUGGAUUGGAGAGCGAAGUAUUGCUGAAGGUAUUGGCACCACUGCAACUGAAAUCAGUAAGAAAAAAUGCGCCCGUCGUAGCAGUGGCUGGCAUAUUGGGAGAACGCUUUGAGAUUCACAGCGGACUUCAUGUAGCCACUGCCGUCACAUUCACCCCAGUGCAGGCAUGAUCGAGGCAGAUGGCGGUGAUUUUCCAGACAUACCAGAUCUAUCCAGAUCUGCAGAUAUCUGCAGUAGUACAAAGUUCUUCACAUAGCUGCUAUUUGACAAGACGUCCGGCAGCUGUGCCAUCACAAGAUAGUCUUGGCCAGAGCAUUUGACUUUGCGCACUACAUCACAGGGCACACAAGGAGACCUUUGACAAGACCGUGCACUGACACUUAUCU